GUCCUGAUUUGUUAGAGGAUUUGUCCUUUGUAAAUGACAAAAUAUCAUGAAGUUCUUGAUAUUUUGGGGAAUCUAUAUCUUUCUUGUACUUAUUCGCUUUGGGUUUUCUAUUUCAGAGAGUUAUAUUCAUCCUGAUGAAUAUCUUCAAGGGAUUCAAGUAGUUGCUGGAAACCUCUUAAAUAUUAAGGUGGAAUAUCCCUGGGAGUUUAAGGGACGAUCUCCAAUCAGAUCAAUAGGUCCUUUAUUAAUUAUAUAUGGAUUACCUUUAAAAAUAUUUCAAUGGAUAGCAGGAGAUACUAAGGUAGAUCCAUUAUAUGUAUUUUUUCUUUUGAGGGUAUUUUUUUUUGGACUUUCAUUUUUUAUUGAUUGGUUUAUUUAUACAAGUACACCUUCGAAAUAUCGAAGAAAAGCGCUUUUGAUUUAUGCGUCAUCAUUUGUUACAUGGACAUAUCAAGUACAUACAUUUUCUAAUUCUAUUGAAACAAUUAUAGUAUCUAUUUGUUUGUUUUUGAUACAAAAAAUUAAAAUGAAUAUUCGUCCAUGGAAAUGUGUUUUAUUGGCUAUUUUUUCAAGUUUUGGUUUUUUCUCACGUAUUACAUUUCCAAUUAUACUUUUACCUUUUGUUGCUUCUUUUUCAAAGUCACUUAUUAAAAGGCCAAAAAUAAUAUUCUCAAUUAUUAAAUCUUUUAUAUUAAUGUUUCUUAUUUUUAUUCUGAUAGACUCUUUUUACUAUGCAAAUGGUUAUCGGGUUAUAAUAACACCGUUAAACAAUUUUAAGUAUAAUAGCAAAUAUAUUAAUCUGCAGAAACAUGGUAUUCAUUCAUAUUGGACUCAUUUUUUGGUAAAUCUUCCUAUACUCUUGGGACCGGCUAUAAUUCUACCGAUUAUUGUUAAAAAUAUUAAGCUUGAUCUGUAUUUGAUGAGCAGUAUUUUAUAUCUCUUGCUUUUAUCUUUAUUUCCACAUCAAGAGCUUAGAUUUUUAUUACCAGUUUUUCCUUUGUUAGUUAUAUAUUUAUCUUCAUUGGGAAACAUAAGGAAAAAAAAGACGAAAUAUCUGUUUAUAUUCUCCUGGAUCAUAUAUAAUGUCUUUCUUGGAAUUUUUCUUGGUUUUUUUCAUCAGCAUGAUGUUAUAUCUAUUAUGAUUUUUUUGAAAAAAUAUCUAGUCAAUGAUUCAUUUACAAAUGUAGUUUUUUGGAAGACAUAUCCUCCACCAACAUGGUUAUUUUUAGAUCCUCCUGAUUCAAAAAUAUCUUUUAGUCAUUUGGUAGGAUAUUCUGUUAAUAAUGUUUUAGAUUAUUUAUCUGCUGAGAAGCAAAAAGGUCUUAGAUCUAUUUUUAUUCUUCCUAUUUUAUUAGUAGAGAAACUUCCAUGUGUUUUUGAAGAAUUAAGGAAUAGUUCCUGUAAAACUAAUGUAACUUUACGUCAAAUUUUCAAAACAUCAUAUUAUAUUGGUUUAGAUGAUUCAGAUUUUAUAAACAAUAAUAUAUUUUUCGUAUUAAUGGAUUUAAUAAGAAAGAAGGGGUUAGUUGUCUGCGAGAUUACUUGAUUUUUCUUUUAUAUAAGAUUAUAAAUAGCUUUUGUUUUUUGUU